AUGGCUACCUCAGCACUAGGCGUGGGAGUAGCUAAUUCUAUUCAGAUCGCUAAACUGGAAGCAUCUGUUGAGGAAACAAAGAGCAUUGCUAGAACGGCCAUGGCCAACGUUCAGGUCUCUAUGGCACAAACCGCAUUACUAAAAGAUGGCAUGAUAUUAUUGGGAGCUCACCUCAAUGAAACCAAUAAAGUAGUAAAUAGUAUUAUUGAAAGAUCAAAUCGCCAGCAAGGCGAUAUACAUGCUAUGAACGAGCCUCUACUAUACCUAGCUGGCAGAGUUGAUCGACUGGAGAGCCGAGUGGAGCAUAAUAUUCUCUAUACAGCCAUCAACGAUAUGAUCCAAAAUAAAUUAACGCUUAAAUUUGUGGCUCCUACUGAAUUUGAUGAGUUAAUUCAAACCAUUGUUUGGUUUGCAUCUAUGGCGAAUACCACUUUCCCUACCGAAAUUCCAUUAACGUCUGCCAUCACACAGCUUCUGAUUUCUCAACAACUUACAUUUAUACCAUGGCCACUCUAUUCGGCAACACGGCCGAUAAUCGGCAAAUAG